AUGGAGCUGGAGGGGGUAGCAGCUGCAGAUGCCGAGGGUCAUGGCAUUGCGGACCAGGCCCAGCUACGCGAGGAGGAGGUCAUCACGGGCAUCCCCCAGUUCGAGAUACAAUGCGCCCUCCUGCAGCGGCACGUUGCUCGCGCCUACUUCCUCGAAAACGUGGACCUCCUGACGGCGGGGCAAUACCGCGACGUCGUGGCCGAGCGAGCCGUGGCCGGCCUGUGCGGCUUCCCCCUGUGCCCCAACUACCUCACCACCGCACACGCUGUCCCCGCCCAGCGAUACCGGAUUUCGCUGCGCGAGAAGCGGGUCUACGACGUGAGCGACCGGGUCCUGUUCUGCUCCGACGAGUGCCUCGUCAGCGCCCGGCUGGAGGAGGUCCACCUCCGAUCCGACAGCAGCGACCCUCUCCCGCCCAAGCGCGGCUCGGCGGUGGCUGGGCAGAUCACAGAGCGAGCGGAGGCGGGUGCGCCCUCCACGGAUUUCCGAGACACGGGCGACGUCGAGGGCUACGUGUGGGGCAAACUGCUCAAGGGCACCGGCGCCGGCCCGGUGCAUCCGAGCCGAACGCGCAGUCCGCUCCCCGCCGCGCUCCCGCGGCGACCCGCCCACCCGCCCGCGGCGUCGCGCACCUCCCCGGCCAAGAACGACGCCGCCAAGAGGGUGAAGCUGGUGGGGUCGUCAUCGGGCGGCGGCGACCGGGUGAGCCGGCCGGGCAUGCGCGAGGAGGAAUGGGUGAGCGAGGGACCCGCCAUCCUCCAGGGCAUCAUGGGCAAGCGGCGCACGGUGCAGGUGAUUCCCCUCGAGGAGGCCUUCCGCCUGGUCAAGAUCCAGGACGAGCCCACCUUGGCCCCAAUGCCCACCCCGCCGCGCACACAGAAGCCGUCGCAGCAACAGCAACGAACCGGCGCUGCAGGGGACACAGGCGACGCGGACGCGUAUGGGGAAGAGGGCGAUAAUAAUAUCACAUCGGACGAAGAGGAGGACGAGGACGAAGACAACUUCAUGCCGGAGCCGAUGCUCUCCCUGUUCGCGCAGCUGUGGACCACCCUCUCCGACUGGCCCUCGUCACGCUCGCGCGCGUUUCUCAAGCGAAGCGGCGGCUCGCAGGGCGAGGGCACAGCGGAGCUCAUGACCAAGGAAGCCGACGAAGAAGAACCGCCCCAGCCGCCGCGCGACAUCAUGCCCAUCAGCGACGCGGACCAAGAGCGGGCGAGGGGCCGAACGAUCCAGGAGAUGCUGCUGCGCGAGCUGCCCGCCGUGUGCGCCCAGCUCCGCAUCUCGGUCCCGCUUCACAGCACCCUGUCGCGCCUUCUGGAGACCUUCGCCUUCCCUCGGCCCCUCAUGUUCAAGCCACAGCAGCUGCGCCUCGUUCUCAUCGUCCUGCUCGACGUGCUCGCCGCGCGUGGCGACGACGUGUUGCGGGCGCAGAUGCAGGCCAGCGACGCACAGAAGCGGAGCCUGCUUGCCGCCCACAACCUCUCGCCCGACGAGUGGCAGCUCCUCGUCGAACUGUUCCUGUAA